AUGGCGGAGCAGCCGCCCUCACGUCCAGAGAGCUGGUGGCCUGAAUGCCAGGCUGAUGCCAGUGUGGAGGCCACUGAGCAUCCGCUGUCCAGCUGUGUGGCUGAGGUUCCGUCGGUGCUCUGUGCCUGGGCCCGCGAGCACAGUGAAGAGCCGGGAUGCAGCCUGGAGCGAGGGCCUGGCCAGGAAGGGCUGCAGUGCGGAGCACCUGGGCACACGGUGGGCUCCAGUCUGGCCAAGGGCCUUGAGGACCCUGCACUCUGCUCUUCUCCUGAAGAGUCAAGGUUGCAGGAACCGGGCAGUUCUGUCCGGUUCUGUCUGCUUGCUGACAGCAGUGCUCACGAGCUCAGCCUGGGCCGGCUCUUCCUGAGCUGGGCCCCGCAGUGUGAUUUCCUGCGCGCUCCUGUCCCAGACACCUGGCCUGGGACCUCUUGGUGGCUACAUGCGCAGCUCAAGCUCAUGGGCCAGCCCGGCGGGCAGAGGUUGUGUGGUGCUGGCUGCCGUAUGGCUCAGUGGACGGCUUUCGCAGGCUGCCUGGCCCAGGAGGCUGCGGCCACGCGGACUGACAGCGGCAAGAGUGACGGCCCCACUGCGCCCCAGUGUGGCAACUGCCUGUCAUCAGCCACCGCUGUGGAAGCCACUGCAGCCUCGGGGCUCCAGCUGCCAGGACGCGUAGCAGCAACGCUGCUGAACUCCCCUUGGCCAAGACUGGCUUGGCUAAGGCCCCUGGUGUGGAAGGCCCCAGGGGGCUCUGUCUGCCGCCGGGGUGUCCCUCUAGCCUGUCCACCUGCGGCCUUUGGCGUCCAGCCUGAGAAACUGCUGAGCUGCUCCUGCUGCCCUGCAGACCUUUUCUGGCCACAUCAGAGCCUGCGCUCCCAGACGCUUCUGGCUCAACGUGGUUUCUCUCUGCCCACGGGGACCCAUGUGGGCUGCCGUGGGGCCGGGUCCCUGGAGCCGGGAGAGACAGCUCCCGAGCGCGUGGCGACCCCCCGCCUCCCCCAGGGGACCUGCCAGGGCGGCUUCCGCUCCUCGGCCGCAGGGAGCCCCCCGCUCACACUCCAUCAUCGAGGGAUGACAGCGGGAACGGUGGGAGUUCAUUACAGGGACCAUGAAUUGUUGGAGUCAAUAUCUUCCAGCUGCAGGAGCGGCUGUUACGGGGAGGUUUACAGCUGUGCCCAGGAUGACAGUGGCGCUGCCGGGAUGGAUGUUCCUGUGCUGGGGGUUGGGGACCGACGACCCGCUGCGACGCUCCCCCAGCCGGGGCCCAGCCCCCAACCCGGUCCACUGCCCCCGGACACCAGCUUCCCGGGAACUGGACGGCGGCUGCGUCCGACAGAGGGAUGAUGGAUGGCCACUGCACUGCCCAGGAGAGCGCCCAGCAGCAGCCGUGGGUGGGGGCCAGCUCGGUGUGGGGUGGGAUGCGGGGCGGAGGGUCCCGCGCCCCAAGCCACAGUGUGAUCGGCCUUGGCUUCCUCAUUCCGACAGUGGGGCCUGUGCCCAGGGGCCCUGAGCUCCUGGAAAUGCAGCUUCCAAGGGAGAGCAGCCCCAGGUGCUGGGUCCUGCCACCAGGCGUCCUGCCACCGGGCCACUGCGGGGCGUGGAGCCGGCCCGGCCCGGUGAGACUUCCACCUUAAGGUGUGCGGAGCUCUCCACGCAGAGUCCUUGCUGCCCCCGCCACCCUGGUGACAAAUACUAAUGUCUAAAUCAGCAGCCCGCCCGGCCGGCCGCCUGCUCAUGUUCUUUGCUGAAAUGUCACCUGUUCCUAUCUAACGAUUUGCAUAAUGCAAAGCUUCUCACUCGUAAAAUACAGAUUAAGAGGGGAAGCCAGAGUCAUUCUGGAACCAGGGAGCCAUUUCAGAGGGAGCGGGGGAGGCACCGCACUCUUAACCCCGUCCCUGCCGGGCUCCACUCCUCGUCCUGGGGCAGCACUGCCUGCAGGGCCACAGUGUGGGGUGACCCUGACGUCCUGCACGUGCCGCCAGCCCUGUUGUGUAUGGAGAUGUCUUUCCUGCCCUCCAGCUCUGCUGCUUUCCCCGGAGCCUGUGGUUUUGGGGGUGCAUGUGCACCCUCAUAGCAGGAGGAAGAUGGGGUGCCAUAGGCUCCCAGCUGCUGCCCUGACAGCUUCUCUGAGGUCUCUGUUGGAGUUCCCCCACCCGACCCUGGCCUCCUGUGGCUUCAGGCAGGGAGAGGCCCAAACCCACAUAGUCUUCUCCACCCUCCCUCCAAAUCUGAGUUGGUCAUUGCUCUUUAUAAAGCUGGACCCA